GUGAUUGUGCUUUCCUUUGCUUUAGUGGUCCUCAUCAUCUCAAAUACAGUCUCUCCGCUCAUUCGUUACUUCUUCACGACUGGCCCGGACGUGGCGAUGAACAUCUCGAGUCUGGCGACGAGGAAUAACGCGCAUAUACUGCUUCCUGCCAACGGGACAUUCCUGGAUACCGCAGAGCAUGCUAAGCUUCUCAAGGACUUGAGGGUUUGCUUUGGUGAUAUUGAUAGCAAUGCCGAGGUCGGCAAUCUCGCGGUUGGUUCUGAUGGCGUCGAGGAAUCGGGUAUCAAUCGGGUUCGUAAAGGGCGCUUGUAUGGGUGA